GGUGCGGCCGGCAGGCAGCGAUGGCGGCCGUACGGGGCCUGCGGGUGUCGGUGAAGGCGGAGGCCCCGGCGGGGCCGGCCCUGGGGCUCCCGUCACCUGAGGCAGAGUCCAGUUUGGACCGUGGCGAGCCGGAGCCUAUGGAGGUGGAGGAGGGCGAGCUGGAGAUCGUGCCGGUGCGGCGCUCGCUGAAGGAACUGAUCCCGGACACAAGCAGAAGAUAUGAAAACAAGGCUGGCAGCUUUAUCACUGGGAUUGAUGUCACCUCCAAGGAAGCAAUUGAAAAGAAAGAACAGCGAGCCAAGCGCUUCCAUUUUCGAUCAGAAGUAAAUCUUGCCCAGAGAAAUGUAGCCCUGGACCGAGAUAUGAUGAAGAAAGCAAUCCCCAAAGUGAGAUUGGAGACAAUCUACAUUUGCGGAGUAGAUGAGAUGAGUACCCAGGAUAUCUUUUCCUAUUUUAAAGAAUAUCCUCCAGCUCACAUCGAAUGGUUGGAUGAUACCUCCUGUAAUGUGGUUUGGCUGGAUGAAAUGACUGCUACACGAGCCCUUAUCAAUAUGAGCUCUCUGCCUGCCCAGAAUAAGAUGAGAAGCAGGGAUGCCAAUGAGGACAAGUCAUCUGAGAAAAGUAAAAAAGACAAGCAGGAAGACAGUUCAGAUGAUGAGGCUGAAGAAGGAGAAGUUGAAGAUGAGAACUCAAGUGAUGUAGAGUUGGACACAUUAUCUCAGGUAGAAGAGGAGUCUUUGUUAAGAAACGAUCUUCGUCCAGCCAACAAACUUGCUAAAGGAAAUAGGUUAUUCAUGAGAUUUGCUACAAAAGAUGACAAAAAAGAACUUGGAGCAGCUAGAAGAAGUCAAUAUUACAUGAAAUAUGGGAAUCCAAAUUAUGGAGGCAUGAAAGGAAUUCUUAGCAAUUCAUGGAAGAGAAGAUAUCAUUCCCGUCGCAUUCAGCGGGAUGUGAUCAAGAAGAGAGCCCUGAUUGGGGAUGAUGUUGGCUUGACGUCGUAUAAACACCGACAUUCCGGACUAGUGAAUGUUCCUGAGGAACCCAUUGAAGAGGAGGAAGAGGAAGAGGAGGAAGAAGAGGAGGAGGAAGAAGAUCAGGACAUGGAUGCAGAUGACAGGGUUGUGGUAGAGUACCAUGAAGAGCUCCCAGCUCUCAAGCAGUCCCGGGAACGGAGUGCGUCUCGGCGGUCCAGUGCCAGUAGCUCAGACUCAGAUGAAAUGGACUAUGAUCUAGAACUGAAAAUGAUUUCCACUCCUUCACCAAAGAAAAGCAUGAAAAUGACUAUGUAUGCUGAUGAAGUGGAAUCUCAGUUGAAAAACAUUAGGAACUCCAUGAGGGCAGAUAGUGUAUCUUCAAGCAAUAUCAAAAACCGAAUUGGUAACAAAUUAUCAUCCGAGAAAUUUGCAGAUGUCCGACAUCUAUUAGAUGAAAAACGUCAGCACUCGCGUCCACGGCCACCAGUCAGCAAUACUAAGUCAGAUAUACGCCAGCGGUUAGGAAAAAGACCAUAUUCUCCAGAAAAGGCUUUUAGUAGUAACCCAGUUGUUCGGAGAGAGCCUUCUGAUGUACAUAGUAGGCUGGGUGUUCCCAGGCAAGAUAUUAAAGGCCUCUACUCUGAUACUCGGGAGAAGAAAUCAGGUAGCUUAUGGACUCGCUUAGGAUCUGCACCCAAGACCAAAGAAAAGAAUACGAAGAAAGUGGAUCACAGGGUGCCUGGCACUGAGGAAGAUGACUCCGAGCUGCAAAGGGCAUGGGGGGCUCUGAUUAAGGAGAAAGAGCAGUCUCGUCAAAAGAAGAGCCGGUUAGAUAACUUACCAUCUCUCCAGAUUGAAGUUAGUCGGGAAAGCAGCUCUGGUUCAGAGGCAGAGUCCUGAUGCCCUGGGGCCUAUGGCAGCUGCCCUAAAGCCUGGCAUUCUUGCACAGGGUGGGGCGCACAGUAGGAACCUCCCCCUCCAGGAGCUGGCACCCUCUUGCUCCUACUCAUACAGUCACCCUCAGCUCUUGCUACUUCAGCAAGACAUCUUGAGAAUGUGACGAGCUUUGAAGGGCAUCUCUCUAUCUUUUGCUGCAGAGUUAUAGUUCUGGGCCCUUGAUUCUUUUCCCACAACCCCACAAGCUUUACCCUUUGAGAAAAAGGCAACCCUCCAGAUUUUGUAGAUGUUUUCUUAAUAUUUUUAACAUUGUGUCUUUUAAAAGAAAUGUUUUACACAGUUCAUCCAAAGAGCAGAGAACUGAACUUCUCACUAUUGCCUUGGCCCUGACAGCUGUUACCAGCACCCUUUUCCCAAGAAAAGUCAAUUCCCAGGUGCUUAUUGGACAGCCUUCGAGGGGGAAGAUGAGGGAAGCUGCCAGCUCACCCUUCCGGGACCCUAGUGUGGGGGCGAAUCUCACGGACCUGACCUCAGAGGUGCACCAGUGCCGCCCAGGUAGAUAAGAGAUGCAGCAUUGAUCCUGCUUCCGGUCUUCCCUCGGGGAUUGCUAAUGUUAGGGGCCUCUUACUAGCUGUCAGCUUGAUGUGAAGAUCAAGUUCAGUGCUGUGGGAUUUUUAGAAACAAAAAACUAUGACUUCUGGAUUUGGGGUUGAUUUUUGUGCUAGGGGUGGGGUUGUGGGUUAAUGUUGAACAAUUUUUAAGUCUGUAUUAUGUUUAAAAAUAUUAAUGAUUUAAAAGUUUUAAUUUUUAUAUGUGGAAAUUCUUCCUGUUGGCUACAGGGGAAGCUCAAGUGGUGUCUUCUUUUGUGCUGUUAAAUAUAUAUUAUAUACUUUGGAAGAAGGCAAA